CAAACACAUAUACACACAGUCACACACAAUAAAAAACACACACAGAGAGAAACAAUCCAACCAUGGCAGGAGCAGCAACAACAUCUCAACUGACAAGAACAUUUGCAGCAACAACAUCUGUAUCUUUAAUAUCUCCAAACACACUUUGUCAUAUCCCAAGCUCACCAUCUUCACUUUCAUUCCUUACCCACCAUCACAAAAUCCCAUCUUCUUCAUCAUCAUCAUGUUUUCUAAGUAAAAAAAAUGUUGGUAUUUUCAAGAUUCAUGCCAUGGCAGCUUCUUCUUCAUUUGGAUCCAGAUUAGAAGAAACCGUUAAGAAAACCAUUACGGAUAACCCAGUUGUUGUUUAUUCCAAAACUUGGUGUUCGUAUUCAUCUGAGGUGAAAUCAUUGUUUAAUAGGAUUGGUGUGGAGCCACUUGUUGUUGAAUUGGAUCAAUUGGGUGCACAAGGACCACAGCUACAGAAGGUUCUAGAACGACUUACUGGGCAGCAUACUGUUCCAAAUGUUUUUGUUGGGGGCAAGCACGUUGGUGGUUGCACUGAUACCGUCAAGUUACAUAGGAAAGGAGAACUUGAAACUAUGGUGGCUGAGGCGAAGAAGACAUAAACCUCGAGGCAAUAUAUUUUUUUCCGACUAAGAGAUCUGUUCAUUUUUAUUAGAAUUUGACAUUGGUUGUAUGAUGUAUCAAUAAAGAACCCUCUAAUCACAAUUUGAAUGAUCAAUGGUUUUCAACCCAA